AUGUCUGAAGAUUUCCCCGUACCAGAUACACGAGUUCUUGCUGUUGCCAGUCAUGUUGUUUACGGAUAUGUCGGAAAUACUAUGGCCACGUUCGUUAUGCAAUCUCUAGGAUGCGAAGUCGCUGCUCUGAAUACAGUACAAUUCAGCAAUCAUCUAGGCUAUGGACAAGCUAAAGGCACACGCGCUACCGCGACCGAAAUAUCGGACCUCUAUCAAGGACUCAAGAACUCAUACCUCGACGAUUUCAAUAUGAUGCUCUCGGGCUAUCUGCCUGGAGCCGCAUCUGUAGAAGCCGUUGGCACAAUAGCACGCGAUCUGAAAUUAAAAACUACAAUGAAACCGGGAAGCUUCUUCUGGGUUUUGGAUCCGGUUAUGGGGGAUAACGGGAAACUAUAUGUAGCGGAGGAUGUGGUGCCAGCUUACAAAGCAUUGAUCAAAGAUGCGGAUCUGAUUCUACCAAAUCAAUUUGAGGUUGAGACACUAUCUGGUGUCAAAAUUCAGGAUAUGGAUACACUUAAAUUGGCCAUAACGACAUUACACGAAGUAUAUAAAAUCCCACAUAUAAUGGUUACUUCCAUUUCACUUCCAUCUCCCGGUGCGGAACCCCAUCUUUCGGUCGUAGGCUCGACUAUGACAUCGACAGCCGAACCAAGAAUCUUCAGCAUCAAAAUACCAGCGAUUGAUUGUUUCUUUAGUGGAACUGGAGAUAUGUUUGCAGCGCUCAUGUUGGUGAGAUUCAAAGAGGCAGUGUGUAAUGUGGAAGGACUAUUGGAGAAAGAUGCGUGGAUUAGUGAUGAUGAGGUUGAGGCUACGGAAUUACCGCUUGCGAGAGCGACGGAAAAGGUUUUGGCUAGUAUGCAUGAAGUGCUUGCGAAGACAAAGAUCGCGAGAGAUGAGGAGAUUGAGAAGUGGAAGAAUGUUGUCGGUGGAAGGGCAAAGGAUGAGGAUUCUAAGAGAGAGGGAUUGGUCAGGUCGAAGGCGGCUGAGGUGAGACUGGUUAGGAAUGUGCACUUUCUGAAGAAUCCAGUAGUGAGAUUUAGAGCAGAAAGCGUAUAG